UUAAAGCAACGCGUGGAAUCUCCCUUGUGAUUAUUAUAAAUCCUUCCCUCACGAUUUUAUUACGAAGCUAUCUUCUUCUGACCCCUCGCUGACUAGAUCUUCUCUGUAAUUGUUGAGGAAGAAAAAAAGACAUGGGAAAGGACAAGGACAAGCAUGGUCAUGAAGACAAGGGUCUCCUUUCAAACCUUGCACACGGUCUUGCUCAUGGUCGUGGAGGAGGGUAUCCCCCUCAGGGCUAUCCACCUGCUGGAGGGUAUCCCCCUCAAGGCUAUCCACCUGCUGCUGGAGGAUACCCCCCUCAGGGCUAUCCACCCGCUGGUUAUCCCGGCGCACCUCAUGGACACGGUGCAUCCCAUUCAGGGCACGGUGCCUUAGGAGGGUUGCUCGCCGGCGGUGCUGCAGCUGCAGCGGCCGCAAUGGGGACUCAUCACGUGGCUCACGGUUCUCAUGGUGCUUACGGUGGUCACGGUGCUUAUGGUGGUGGUCAUGGUGCUUAUGGUGGUGGUCAUGGUGGUUAUGGUGGUGGGAAAUUCAAGCACGGGAAGCAUGGAAAAUUCAAGCACGGGAAGCAUGGGAAGCACGGAGGAGGGAAAUUCAAGAAGUGGAAGUGAGUUAACCGUGGGAGGAAAGCAUGGACUUUUGGGAGUCGUGAGGUCCAACCGAUUUACUAUCAACCGAUGUUAUAAUAAUCGACUUCAACUGGUUUUAUGAAUAAUUACAGACCCUUUUGCUUUCGGCAUACAAGAACAUAUAGGAUUUGUCAUACUUCUUACUCAAUCGAUGAGACUCCAUUAUGUGAUAUGUAUUAUGGAACCUUUACUCA